GCAACUCCACAUUAUUCAGGUCAACUCAACUGAAUUGAAAAUUUGUGAAACCGAAAAUCGAAUUAGUAUUCGGUUUCAGUUUCGGUUUCGGUUCGUAUUAACCCGAAUAAUGAACACCUACGGGUUUGACCCAUAUUUUAUGGGCCAAAACAGCAAAACCGGUAAAAUCGAACCAUUCAUGAUCAGAUCCACAUGUAUGUAGAAGGGCAAUUUGGUACAUUCCUACCACAUAUUUAUCUUAUUACUGAAAUAAACCUGGGUCACGCACACAAAACAUCACACUUGUACUAAUGUCAUUUCCACGCGUACCCCUCCUUCCUGUAUACACACACACUAUAUAUAUAUGUGUGUAUAUAUCCACUAAUUCACUUGACAUAUCCACUAAAUAUUCAAAGGUUAAGAUCUCAAGCGUUGCUAGAAAAUAAAAAUAAUUCCAAAUGGGUAGCAGGCAUGAAUUUUCCGAUACAGAUUCCAACAACACCGAUAACUAUUCCAGCGGUUCUGAUGAACCGCUGGACGAGGUGUCAACCGGGUGCAACAAGAACACGCGGGGUAAUUUCGGAAUUCUACAAGCUUGGGAGCCGGUUUACGUGCUAGUAUGCACCACCGGUUUGUUCAUUGACCCGCUCUUUUUUUACGCACUCUCUAUAAGUGACUCGUAUCUGUGUGUGUUCAUCGAUGGGUGGUUUGCGGUUACUGUGACGGUGGUCCGGUGCAUGACCGACGUAUUGUACGUGGCUAACCUGUGGCUGCAGUUCAAGUUGAACAAGUGGUCGCGUCAUGAUGUGAGAUUACGACGUGACGACAAGAGUUCAUGCAACGUGGCGAACCGGCUUGUAACGGUGGCUUGGAGAAGGGUUCUGUUUGAUUUCUUUGUCAUCCUUCCCAUUCCUCAGAUAGUGUUAUGGGUGGUAAUCCCCGCAAUGUUAAAAAAGGGGAAGACAACAGAAAUCAUGACGGUUGCUUUAGUUAUGUUCUUAUUCCAAUACCUUCCAAAGAUCUAUCACUCGAUAUGUCUUUUGCGACGAAUGCAAAAACUCUCCGGCUACAUUUUUGGUACCGUUUGGUGGGGAAUCGCUCUCAAUUUGAUUGCUUACUUUGUUGCCUCUCAUGCUGUAGGAGCUUGUUGGUACUUGCUUGGUACGCAAAGGGCUGCGAAAUGUUUGAGAGAAAAAUGCAUGGAAACUAACGGACGGUGUCUGUGGAGAUUUUUGUCAUGUCAAGAACCUAUUUAUUACGGUACACGCAACAUUGUUAGAGAUCCGGGGAGGCUCAUGUGGGUGGCGGACAAAGAUGCAAGAACAACUUGCCUUCAGAAUGACGAUAAUUCUAGCUAUGGAGCGUAUAAAUGGACGCUUCAACUCGUCGCUAAUGAUAGCCGUUUGGAAAAGAUAUUGUUUCCUAUCUUUUGGGGACUUAUGACUCUUAGUACAUUUGGCAACUUGGAGAGCACAACGGACUGGCUAGAAGUUGUAUUUAUCAUCAUAGUUCUCACAACCGGUCUUCUUCUAGUCACUAUGUUGAUUGGAAAUAUUAAGGUGUUCUUGCAUGCAACAACAUCAAAGAAACAAGCUAUGCAACUGAAAAUGAGGAAUAUAGAGUGGUGGAUGAGGAGGAGGCACCUACCUCAAGAGUUCAAACAAAGAGUAAGAAACUACGAGCGACAACGAUGGGCAGCAAUGCGUGGUGUGGAUGAAUGUGAGAUGAUACGCAAUCUCCCUGAGGGCCUUCGGAGAGACAUUAAGUAUCACCUUUGCUUGGAAUUGGUCAGGCAGGUACCUUUGUUUCAACAUAUGGACAAUCUGGUCCUCGAGAAUAUAUGUGACCGUGUCAAGUCCCUCAUUUUUACCAAGGGAGAAACUAUCGCAAGAGAAGGAGAUCCUGUACAAAGAAUGUUAUUCAUAGUAAGAGGCCAUCUCCAAAGCAGUCAAGUACUUCGAGACGGUGUAAACAGUUGUUGCAUGUUAGGCCCAGGAAACUUUAGUGGCGAUGAGCUCUUAUCCUGGUGCCUUCGAAAACCCUUUAUUGAGAGACUACCGCCAUCAUCAUCAACACUCGUAACCCUUGAGACAACCGAGGCUUUCGGGCUAGAAGCCGAUGAUGUAAAAUAUGUGACACAACAUUUUAGGUAUACAUUUGUGAAUGAAAAAGUGAAGAGAAGUGCACGAUAUUAUUCCCCAGGAUGGAGGACUUGGGCAGCGGUUGCGAUCCAACUGGCGUGGAGGAGGUAUCGACAUCGGCUCACUUUGACAUCAUUGUCGUUCAUUAGACCAAGAAGACCGUUAUCUAGGUGUUCUUCGCUUGGAGAAGAUCGGCUAAGACUCUAUGCGGCUUUGUUGACUUCACCCAAGCCAAAUCAUGAUGAUUUUGACUUUUAAGAUCGAUCAUAAAAAUAUUGUGCUACUUGUAUGUUGUGUGUAAAACCAAUAAUAACGGAACUACAUUUUAAAUUUGCAA